UAAGCACCUGACCUCGGCGCGCUGCAAGUCACAUCUGCACGGUGCAAAGCACCAAGCACGUUCGCAGCUCGAAAUGGAACUCAGGGUUCAGACCUGAGAUCGACAGGUCCUAAGCGAUGAGGUCUCUCACCGACAGGUGGAUGGCCCAUCCGCGCCGCCCCUCGCUUGAACUUCGGGCUUACCCCACCAUCAGCUGGGGUAUUCUAGCCUAGCCGCGAUUACCUGCUGGGGGCAUGAGUGGUUCUUUUUGCUUUGACCGUGCCAAGGGAUUACGGGUCGCGUUCAUAUAUAAGUGUCUACUACUCGAGAGUCCUACCGUCGCUCCCUCAGACAACCUCAACUGUCCAGGCAACAAAAUGGGCGACAACAGAGAUGCUGAGCAUGGCAACCACAUCCAGAAUGAGGCGUACCCAGCUACAGAGUCGACAUCCCUCCUCUCGAAGCCGAAGAGCGUGGGAGAGGUCAAGAGCAAAAUUCUCGCCACGAAUUAUGCUGCUUUCGUGGCCGGACUUAACGAUGCCGCCUUGGGCGUUCUGAUUCCUUACAUUCAGCCGACCUAUAAUGUUGGGCUUUUGCAGGUCUCCAUGAUCUACCUGGUCAACUUCAUGGGCUGGCUUGUCGCCUGCUUCGCCAACAUCCAUGUGUGUUCAUACCUAGGAACUGGUGGUACCCUGGUUUUCGGCGCAGCAAUACAAUGCUUUGGCUAUGCCUUGAUGUUUUGGAGCCCGCCGUUCCCCCUCUUCAUGGCGGCAUUCUUCUUCUCCGGCUGCGGUGUAGCGUUCCAAGAUGCCCAAAUGAACACGUUCACGAUCACCGUCAAGGACGCCCAUCGGUGGCUGGGUGUCUUGCAUGCGGUGUACGGCGUCGGGACUAUUAUUGGCCCCUUGAUCGCCAACACGAUUGCCUCACAGAUGCCGGUUUGGCAUCACUAUUACCUUGUCACCAUGUUCCUCGCUGCGCUAAACAUUGCGUCCCUGGCGUGGACAUUUAGAAAGGGGCUUUUCCGUCCAAACGAGGGCAGUUCCAAAGAAACAGCCGGCAAGGAGCUCCGAGAGACGGUGGCAAACUGGACUGUUUGGAUCUUCAACGGAUUCUUCUUUUUGUAUGUUGGUGCGGAGGUUACUGCUGGUGGCUGGCUCGUCCAAUUCCUCGUUUCGGUGAGAAACGGUGACCCCAAGAAGGUAGGCUAUAUCGCCUCAGGCUUCUGGACCGGCUUCACCCUGGGCCGGGUCGCUUUGGCAGACAUUACGCAUCGCCUAGGUGAACGACGGAUGGUGUUCGUUUAUAUUACGUUGGCUUUGGCGAUGCAGUUGUUGUUCUGGCUGGUCCCAAACAUUACUGUCAAUGCAGUUACGGUGUGCUUUUUGGGUUUCUUUAUUGGUCCAUUCUAUCCAGUUGGACUCUAUGUCCUCACCAAGGUCAUCCCGCAAGAGCUUCACGUUGGAGCUAUGGGUUUCACUGCGAGUCUUGGACAGGCUGGGUCGGCGGCCUUUCCUUUCAUGACAGGAGCGAUCGCCUCCCAAGCUGGAGUUCAGGUUCUGCAGCCCAUCAUGGUGGGACUGCUCAUUGGGAUUGCCUUCUUCUGGUCUUUGGUCCCUAGGCAGAGGCGGGUCACGCUCGAGUAGGUGCAUAAGCCAGCGUGGCGCUAGACAUAGCCCCAUAUAUCGAUAGACACAUCAAGAGGAUUGAGUGUAGUCCAUGAGCUGUGAGGAUUUAUCC